AUGGAACAGGUAUGGUUACUGCUCCUGCUGACGAUUAAAGUGCUUUCAGUGACUGCUCAGUUCAAUGGAUACAACUGUGAUGCUAACCUCCAUAGCAGGUUUCCUGCUGAACGAGAUAUCAAUGUUUUCUGUGGAGUACAGACAAUUACUAUGAAGAUAAAUUUUUGCACAGUUCUUUUCUCUGGUUAUUCUGAGACAGAUCUGGCACUGAAUGGGAAACAUGGGGAUGCCCACUGCAGGGGUUUCAUCAAUAACAACACCUUUCCAGCAGUGGUCAUUUUCAUAAUCAAUUUGAGUACUUUGGAAUCCUGUGGAAACACUUUAGUGGUGUCCUCAGCUCGAGGUAUCAAUGCUUAUGGAAAUACCUCAGUGGUACAGAUAGGUAAUGUUUCAGGCUAUAUUGAUACACCAGACCCACCAACGAUUAUCAGCUAUCUGCCUGGGCUUCUGUACAAAUUUAGUUGUAGCUAUCCUCUGGAGUACUUGGUUAACAACACUCAGCUUGCUUCGUCAUCAGCUGCUAUUUCUGUGAGAGAGAACAAUGGUACCUUUAUCAGCACUUUGAAUUUGUUGCUUUACAAUGAUUCGACCUACAGCCAGCAGCUUCUUAUUCCAAGUACAGGUUUACCUUUGAAAACCAAAAUAUAUGCAGCUGUAAGAGCAACCAACCUUGAUGGCAGGUGGAAUGUUUUGAUGGACUACUGCUACACCACACCAUCUGGUAAUCCCAGCGAUGAUCUUCGAUAUGAUCUCUUUUUCAGCUGUGACAAGGACCCACAGACGACUAUAAUUGAAAAUGGCAAGAGCCAAAUGGGCCGGUUUUCCUUUGAGGUGUUUCGCUUUGUGAAGCACAAGAACCAGAAGAUGUCUACGGUCUUCCUUCACUGCGUGACAAAGCUGUGCAGAGCAGACGACUGUCCCUUUCUUGUGCCCAUUUGCAGUAACAGAGAAAGAAGAGAUGUUGGUGGGAGGACAACUUGGAGCCCUCAGAGCACCUCUGGCAAUGCUGUGAUCUCUGCUGGCCCAAUCAUUACGAGAAGUGAUGAGACGCCAACCAACAAUUCACAGCUUGGUCAUCUAAAUGGACCUCCUUUCCAGCUGAACUCAGUCACCAGUGCACUGAUUGCAGGCAUUGUGUUCCUAGGAAUCACAAGCAUUUUCUUUUUUGUAUGCUCCCUAACUCUUCUGCACAGAAAGUGGCCCAACAGUUCAGUCUUGAGUGGCAUCCGAAACCCAGUUUUCAACUGA